GAGAGACUCAAAGACAUGGAGAGCAACAGGACCUUUCUACUUCCACUCAUUUUCUCUCUUCUCAUCGUCGAAAAAUCCAUGGCAUCCCGAAUUCUGGCCGAGCAUAACUCUCAUCAUCCUCCUCCUCCUCCGGACAAGGACGGCAGUAGGAUCGGCGUGAGCGGGAGCGUGCCGGACAAGGAUGGCUCUUGGAACGGCGAUGGUUCGGACCAGCGGAUGGUCCUGGUGCCUCCGCCCACCACAAAGACCACAAUGUCGCAGUCAGGCCAACCGAACAUGUCCGCAAGUGCCGUCGUGGUCGCCCCGACCAAUGCCAAAGUUGAUGUGGCGACCGCUGUUUCUCCCACAAGUGCCACCUCGAAAGCGAGCGUCACUAGCAAUAGCAGCACUUCAAGCGCCAGCGCCACUAGCGGAGGCACCGUCCCGAAAUCCAGCUUCAUUACCGUCAGUCAAAGCAGCAGCGCCACUCUUACUAAAUAUCCUUGAUGAUGAUUGUUGUUUUCUUUUCUUUCUUCUGGGGUUGUCCUCUCUAUUGUUCGAUUGGAGUGAUGCAUUCUUUCGUAGGGUUGUGUCAAACUGAGUUCACGUGCAAGGUUGUUCUUAAUAUUGAUGUGAACAUGUAUGUUUGUUUGAGAAAUUUGCAAAUUUCGUUAUAUAUGCAGAUGGAACCUUCAAUUAUAAAUCUAUAAAAGCAGUGAUUUUUUU